ACAAAACCACACAACAGAAAAAAAAAUCUUCCAAACGGAACAAAAAUGAGUCUAUUCACAAAUCUGUACAUAUCCUUCUUUCCUGUUUCUAUAAUUUUCCUGAACUCGGCCAAUGCGGCCCGGUUUGGUGUCAGGAACAACUGCCCCUACACGGUUUGGGCCGCUGCAGUCCCGGGUGGCGGCAGGCGUCUCAACCAAGGUGAGAUGUGGGCCCUGGAUGUCCCUGCUGGCACAACCGGGGGUCGAAUCUGGGCCCGAACCGGCUGCCAGUUCAACGCUUCCGGCAUGGGCAGGUGUACGACCGGUGACUGUUGGGGACUCUUGCAGUGCCAGGAUUACGGUACUCCGCCGAACACACUGGCCGAGUUUGCUCUCAGCCAGUUCAAUAACAUGGACUUCAUCGACCUGUCACUUCUUGAUGGAUUCAACGUACCCAUGGAGUUCAGCUCCACCUCCGGUAAUUCCUUUGGUGAGAAUCAAACUUGGAAUCUCUUAAUUCCGGGACGAGAAAGUGUGUCAGUGGACCACGUCCCCUUUUUCAACUGCUUAUCUACCUUAGAUAGGUGCAACCAAGUGAUCCGGUGCACUGCAGACAUCGUCGGUCAGUGCCCGGACGAACUGAAGAUCGAUGGGGGUUGCAAUGGCGCGUGCCGCGUGUUCAAGACAGACGAGUACUGCUGCAAUUCCUCGGGCAGUUGCGGGCCCACCAACUACUCGAGAUUUUUCAAGGACCGAUGCCCCGAUGCUUAUAGCUAUCCCAGAGAUGACGCGAGCAGUACGUUCACUUGCCCCGGAGGCACUAAUUACAAAGUUGUGUUCUGCCCUUGAAGACAACUCCGACCAAGUUAAUCCGUAAAACUGAGGAAUAUGCAUGGCCGUGUAGGUCACGGGGUACUUAUCCGAGAAAACAACCGGUCAGUGGUAUCUUUGGCCGAGUCCAUGGGAUGUAAGGAAAGGGUCAGAAUUAUCCAGGGAAAAAAAAAAGGAAAGGGACAGAAUAUAUUUUCACCAAAAAAAGGUUGAGAAUAUAUUCGGUAAACUCUAUAAUGGAACCUUAACUUGUGUUUCAUAAAGAAAUAUUGAUUUUAGCCAUUAGAUCCUAUAAACUUUUAAU